CACUACCUUAAUACAUCAAAUUAAGCCUCUCAACUUAGAGGAGUUUUAGCCAUGAGACUCCUCCAUAGCUUAAUCUUAUCAUUAGCACUCCUAAUUACUUCCACCCAACCGGCUCAAGUGCCGUUCUCCUGCGACUGGUCCGACCCGCGGACGAAAUCCUUCGGCUUCUGCCGAACCGAUCUCUCCAUCAGCGACAGAGUGAAAGAUCUCGUCUCUCAACUCACUCUCGAUGAAAAGAUUUUGCAGCUCGUUAGCUCCGCCCCGGCUAUUCCGCGACUCGGCGUCCCCGCCUUCGAGUGGUGGUCGGAGGCUUUGCACGGCGUCUCCGGCUUCGGGAAGGGGAUUUCGUUCGACGGCGCCAUCAAAUCCGCCACUAGCUUCCCUCAAGUCAUUCUCACCGCCGCUUCGUUCGAUGAAUACCUUUGGUACCGCAUUGGAGAGGGAUCAAUUUGCUUUAUCGUCAGUCAAACAUCGUAAGCCGAAAUGUAUCUUACAAAUUGGGACGGAGGGAGUAACUUUUAGUUUAUUAAAAUAAUGGGAUGAUUGAAGGCAAUUGGGAAAGAGGCUAGAGCACUGUACAAUGCAGGCCAAACAACAGGGUUAACAUUGUGGGCACCAAACAUCAAUAUAUUCAGAGAUCCACGAUGGGGGAGAGGUCAAGAAACACCAGGUGAAGACCCGGAAGUGACGGGGAAGUAUGCCGUGGCAUAUGUACGAGGAGUACAAGGCGAUAGCUUUGAUGGGAAGGUUGCGGCAGAUUAUCUUCAAGCUUCUGCUUGCUGCAAACACUUUGCUGCCUAUGAUUUGGAGAACUGGAAUGGCAAUCUGCGUUAUGGAUUUGAUGCCAUUGUGGGACCCUUUGCGGAACUGGGGUAAUGAUGAUGAUGAUGUGACGUUCCAAACAUCUCCACAUUAAAAGCAUAAAAAUAAUAAGGGUCCGGUUCCAAUAAAUAGUGGUCUUGCCAUGAAAAUUGCGAUCCUCUCCACUUUUGGUCAUCUGAAGUGCACUGUUAUACUUAGUUGAUUUUCGUCGUCCACUUUUUCUCAUUCAAGGUGACCCAACAAGAUUUAAGGGAUACAUAUCAGCCACCAUUCCAGAGUUGCAUACAAAAAGCUAAAGCAAGCGGAAUAAUGUGUUCUUAUAACAGUGUGAAUGGGGUCCCUAGUUGUGCUAAUCAAGAUUUUCUUAACAAAACUGCACGUCAGCAAUGCGGUUUUAAUGGGUAUAUUGCCUCAGAUUGUGAUGCGGUGGGAAAUGUUUUUAACGACCACAAAUAUACAAAAACACCCGAAGAAACUGUAGCAGCUGUACUCAAUGCAGGGAUGGAUGUCAACUGUGGGUCAUUUUUGAGUCAAUAUACAAAUUCAGCAGUAAUGCAGAACAGAGUUUCGGUGGACCAAAUAGACAGAGCUUUACACAACCUAUUUAGCACGCGUAUGAGAUUGGGAUUGUUUGAUAGAAACCCCAAAGACCUCCUCCUUUAUGGUAGAAUUCCUCCAAAUGAAGUUUGCAGUCAAGAGCACCAGAAUCUAGCUUUAGAGGCAGCAAGAAAAGGCAUUGUCUUACUAAAAAAUGAUCAUAAACUGCUUCCUCUGUCAAAGAACAAGAGUAUGUCCCUCGCUGUUAUAGGACCUAAUGGAAAUAACGCAAACGUCCUUCAAGGAAGUUACUUUGGCCCUGCAUGCAAUCCUGUUGAAAUAUUUAAAGUCAUGCAGAGUUAUGUUGGUUAUGUUUCGUUUCUAGAAGGUUGCGUUGAUGGAGUGAAUUGUACUUCUGCUACAAUUGAUGAAGCGCUAAACUUUGCCCAAAAUUCCGAUCAGGUGGUCCUAGUAAUGGGAUUGAGUCAGAGUCAAGAAAGGGAAGAGGUAGAUCGUGUGCACUUGGAGCUUCCAGGGGAGCAAGAGCUUCUCAUUACGAAUGUCGCUAAAGCUUCAAAGAAGCCUGUCAUAUUGGUGUUGGUUUGUGGUGGUCCGGUUGAUAUUACGUUUGCUAAAUCAGACCGUAAUAUCGGCAGCAUUUUAUGGGCUGGUUAUCCAGGCGAAGCAGGAGGCCUUGCGCUUGCAGAGAUUAUAUUUGGCGAGCACAACCCUGGAGGAAAGUUACCAAUGACAUGGUAUCCUAAAGAUUACAUUAAAGUUGCAAUGACAGAUAUGAAUAUGAGGGCCGAUACAUCUAGAGAGUACCCAGGGCGUACAUAUAGGUUCUACGAAGGUCCUACAGUUUUCAACUUUGGCGACGGUCUUAGCUACUCAAGAUAUGCUUAUGAGUUCACUUCCACUACACCAACCAUGGUAAACUUGACCCAGCUGUCAACUGUUAAAACAUCUAUGGGAUUCGAUUCUGUCAAUUACAUGUCAGUGGAUGAUAUUGAAGGAGAGACAUGCGAGAAGGCAAAGUUUUCAGUCACUGUCGGAGUUCAAAACUCUUUGGAAAUGGAUGGAACUCACCCAGUGCUGCUUUUCAUGAAGCCUACUGAACGGAAAGAUAAUGGAUAUCCAGUGAAACAGCUGGUGGGGUUUCAAACUGUAAACUUAAAAGCAGGUGAACGGGAGGAAGUUGUAUUUGAACUCAACCCUUGCCACCAUCUCAGCACUGCAAAUAAGGAUGGAUUAAUGGUGAUUGAAGAGGGGACUAAGGAUUUAGUUGUUGGAAACACAGAACACAUUGUUAACAUAGGUUUUUGAAUCCUAUUGAAUAUUGUCUUUAGUGAUGAAACUUUGGUCUUUUUGUUGUUGUUAGUGCUUCACUUCUCGUUAAUAAUUUAAUAUACACCUGCCUUUCUUUCAAGAUAAAAACAGCGGAAUUGCUUCGACUUUAAUUUAUAUUUAUAGUUAUUUAUACUUAUAGA